AAAAGUCCCGCUCGAAGAUUUCGCAUGGGCCGGUCAGCUCAUUUAAGUAAAGAGGGAAUUCAUUCCUCCAUUUUUAGGGUUUUUAAGCCGUAACCGAUUGCCGCCAAUAAUCUUCCCGUUUCCUCUGGAAGUGUAAAAGCUAUAUCGACGGGGAUGUCUAAAUUGGAAGAGAAACCAGAAGCCGCACCGAACGAUGCAGCGGAUUAUGAAGAUGAGGAAGAAGACUUGUCGUGGUCAUCCGAUUCUGAAAUCGUCGAGGCAUUGGAUUAUUUGGAUUCCAAGGUCGAUGACGAGUCCAUCGAUAGUUCUUUCACGCUUGCGUCGAGGCGGCCUAACGCUCACGGCGGUGUUCACUCUAGGCCUAAUUCGUCCGCUCUUCAACCUCUCUCCAACCGUAACCAGAAGUUCUCUAAUCAUAUUCGAGCUUCCCCUUUAGAGGAGUGGGAAGGGAGGAUAAAUGUUGGAAUGUCGAACACGGUUACAACUGCAAUUCGUGAAAGUGUUCGUGAAAUGGCCAUUGGUAAAACUAAAACUACUGAGAAAGCUGAUCGUGCAACUGUUGAGCAGGCUAUUGAUCCAAGAACUCGUAUGGUUCUGUUUAAAAUGCUUAACCGCGGUGUGUUUCAUGAUAUCAAUGGUUGCAUUUCAACUGGAAAAGAAGCAAAUGUAUAUCAUGCAACAAAAUCUGAUGGUCAGGAACUAGCAAUCAAAGUAUAUAAAACUUCUGUUUUGGUUUUCAAGGAUCGAGAUCGAUAUGUACAAGGUGAUUACCGGUUCAGAUAUGGUUAUUGUAAGCACAAUCCUAGAAAGAUGGUGAAGACAUGGGCUGAGAAAGAAAUGAGGAAUCUUAUGAGGCUUAAGGCUGCAGGAAUUAGAUGCCCAACUCCAUUACUUUUGAGACUUCAUGUGCUGGUCAUGGAAUUCAUAGGAAAAGCUGGUUGGGCUGCGCCUCGUCUUAAAGAUGCGGCAUUAUCUUUAGACAAGUUGCGUGAAUGUUAUGUGGAGAUGAUAGUUGCAAUGCGGACAUUAUACCAGAAAUGCAAACUAGUGCAUGGAGAUCUCAGUGAAUAUAACAUACUAUAUUAUGAGGGUCACUUAUACAUAAUUGACGUCUCUCAAGCGGUUGAUCUUGACCACCCACAUGCCCUGGAUUUCUUACGUGAAGAUUGUAUUCAUGUUUCUGAUUUCUUUAGAAAACAUGGUGUAGCUGUCAUGACAAUUCGAGAGUUAUUCGACUUCAUAGUGGAUCCAACUAUCACGGAUGGCUCUGUGGAUAGUUAUUUGGAAGAGGUGCAGCAGAAGAUUUUAGCAAGAGGAGACAUGUCUGUGGAGGAUGAAAUUGCAGAUUCUGUGUUUGUUCAGACUUAUAUUCCCAAGACAUUGGAUCAUGUCAAGAAUGUUGAGGAGGAUGUAAUACGGAUAACCAGUGGCAAGGACACCGGAGACUUAUAUUAUAAGACAAUUACAGGACUAAAGGAGGCUCUCCCUAAAGAUCAAUCUUCACCAGUGGAGAAGCAGCAAGGGGAUACCAACACAAGACCUGUAGAAGGGUCUAUGGGAAAUCCAUCUGGCCAUUCUAAUUCUCAGGAGAGCGAGUCUGAAGCUGAGUCCCCAUCUGGUUCUGAAACAGAUGGGGAUGAAGAGAACUUGAGUGGCUCAGAAGAUAAGGGUCCGUUAUCUGACAGGUCGGCACAAGUUGACAAGAAAGCUGCUAGAAAAGAGAAUAAAAAGAAAGUCAAAGAGGAGAAGAGGGAGGCUCGAAAGACAAAAGUGCCAAAAGCCGUAAAGAAAAGAAAGAAGAAAUUGGCCAAAGCCCACAAGACCAGGUAGUCUUCCUCCAUUGAAGGCUUCAAACUUGGGUGAAAGCUUAAAAGGACAAAAGGUAUUUUUGCAGAAGGCAAACUAUGGAAGUUAAAUCAACUCAGGUACAACUGUCUUAUGGAGCACUGAUAACUUGUUUUUCCCCUUUUUCACCAUUAGCAUCGAUUUUGUAAAUGAUUAUGCUUUGGUCACUCAUGCAUGCAUUUAUAUGCAACUUUUACAGCCAAGGAAUCUUAUGCAAUUCAAUUUUUUCCACAAUCAAACUUCAAUUCAUUACUUGUUA